AUGGGGAUCGAUGAAGAGAGCGAAAUCCCGCUAAAGAAGGCGGGAGGAAAUCAGGUAGCGGAAGCUGAUAAUCAGAUGAGUAAUAUAGACCACAAACUAGCGGGUAUACUGGAAGCUGUUAAAACAACUAAUCAAUCAUUAAGUACGUUGACGAUAACGGUGGCAGCAGUGCAGUCCGACAUUUCGCGCAUGUUGAAGAAGGGUUAUGACCGGACCCGGAAGCAGGCCGAGAAGAGGGCGAUUGUCGUGGGGGUCGUCAAGGCCUUACAAAAAAAAUUUGGACGGACCCACGACGAAAUUCAAAUUGUAAAAAAAUGGUCUGACCUGAAAAGGAGGCACCCGGACUGGGUCAAAGAGCUCAGUCAGAGAGUCUGCCCUGGGCUUCCAGCGCCAACGGUCCGCCGCCGUCUAACCACGGCAGAUUUGGAUGUAGUGGAGGUCUCCACAGAGGAGGAUGAGCAGGCGGGCCCUUCCCACAGUCCUCAAGGUGCCACCAACCCACCUGAUGUGGGGAUUGUUGUGGAGGUGUCUGACGAGCCCGGACCCUCUCAAGGGCCAAAAACAUCUGGCCCAGCUCCUGCUGAGGAGGAGAUAGCCACCCCAGCUCCUAAAGAAGAGGAUGAGGCGUUGAGUCAGUUUAAAGAUCUUCAGGAACCAGAAGCCAUAAUUGUUGCUCCUACCAGAGAGCUGAUCAAUCAGAUUUGCCUAGAUGCUUGGAAAUUUGCAUACGGAACUGUCGUUCGUCCAGUUGUAAUCUAUGGAGGAACACAAACGUCUAAUUCACUGCGCCAGAUAUUUCAAGGCUGCAACAUCCUUUGUGCGACACCUGGGAGGUUACUGGACGUUAUUAACAAGGAGAAGAUUGGCUUGAGCCAAGUGAAAUACCUUGUUCUGUAUGAAGCUGAUCGUAUGCUGGACAUGGGUUUUAUGGAAGAUGUAAGAAAAUUGUUGUCAAGUCAAGGAAUGCCAAAAAGAGAAGAAAGGCAAACUUUAAUGUUCAGUGCCACGUUCCCUACGCCCAUACAAAAUCUUGCUAGAGAGAUUUUGAAGCCAGAUUAUCUGUUCGUGGUUGUCGGACCAGUUGGUGGCGUGUGCAGUGAUGUCGAACAGCAGAUAAUUGAAGUGGAAGAGUAUGGAAAGAGGGCUAAACUGCUGGAACUUUUACAACUCAUAGGCCAUGAGCGCACGAUGGUUUUUGUGAAAACCAAAAAGAUGGCGGAUUUAAUUGCAAUAUUUCUUUGUCAAGAAAAAAUCCCCUGCACAAGCAUUCACGGGGACAGAGAGCAAAGAGAGCGGGAGAAAGCUCUGGGCGACUUCCGCUCUGGACAGUGUCCUGUGAUUGUUGCCACGUCUGUUGCUGCCAGAGGAUUAGAUAUCGAGAAUGUCCUUCAUGUGAUACAUUUUGACAUCCCUGGCGAUGUUGACGAAUAUGUUCACAGGAUCGGCCGAACUGGACGCUGCGGCAACACUGGAAAAGCCAUUUCUUUUUUUAAUAAGAUUGGUGAUGACGAGCAAAAAAUUGUCCGUGGACUAGUGAAAGUUUUAACCGAUGCUCACCAGGAGGUACCUUUACCUGCUUGGCUUGAAGAGAUGGCGUUCAGUGCCCAUGGCAUGCCAACCUUUAGUUCACAGCCAAGCAAAUUUGCUUCAGUGGAUAGCAGGAAGAGAGGUGACAUUCAGGAGGACAACGGUUACAGCAAUGCUGGCAUUUCACAACCUGCAGCGCGGGCGGCAGCGGAGGAGGACGAAGAUUGGGGCUAGUCGGACGUGGUUAAGCAGAUGAGACAUUCUUACAGAUUCAGUUUUACAUGAAACAAUAUGUUGUAUGUUUGUAAAAAUGAGAAUUUUGUUUAUCGCACUCCAGUAUUUAAGGUAGUAAUUUGCCGUUAGGAAAUUUACUUAUUUUGGUUCAUUGUAAA